AUGCUCCCCCGGGUCCGGAUCCGCGACUGGGUGGCAGCGGCCAAAGCUGCUCAGAGGCGCCACCGAGCGGAAGACGCCGAAAGACCCAAGAAUCCUGUGCUCCAGAGCCAGUGCGCGGCGCUGUAUGUCCACUGGCCGUACUGUGAGAAGCGCUGCAGUUACUGCAACUUCAACAAGUACAUCCCCCGUGGAGUGGAGGAGGCGGUCGUUAGGAGCUGUCUGGUAACCGAGGCUCAGACACUGCUGCAGCUCAGCGGGGUGCGGCGUGUGAAUUCUGUGUUCUUUGGUGGGGGCACCCCCAGCUUGGCCAGUCCCCACACUGUGGCAGCUGUCCUGGAGGCAGUGGCUCAGGCAGCCCACCUGCCCGCUGGUGCAGAGGUCACAUUGGAGGCCAACCCUACUUCAUCCCCAGCCUCCAGGUUGGCAGCGUUUGGAACAGCAGGGGUCAACAGGCUGUCCAUUGGCCUCCAGUCCCUGAAUGACACUGAGCUCCAGCUGCUGGGGCGGACUCACUCAGCUAGCGAGGCUCUGCGAACUCUGGCGGAGGCCCGGCGCCUCUUCCCUGGAUGCGUCUCUGUGGACCUGAUGCUAGGGCUGCCAGCACAGCAGGUGGGGCCGUGGCUGGGACAGCUGCAGGAGCUGUUGAACCACUGUGACGACCACGUCUCCCUCUACCAGCUGUCCCUGGAGCGGGGUACUGCACUUUUCGCCCAGGUGCAGCAGGGGGCCCUGCCUGCCCCUGACCCAGAGCUUGCCGCUGAGAUGUACCAGAAGGGACAGGUAGUUCUACGGGAUGCUGGCUUCCACCAGUAUGAGGUCUCCAACUUCGCCCGGAAUGGGGCGCUCAGUACCCACAAUUGGAACUACUGGCAGUGUGGUCAGUACCUUGGCAUUGGUCCUGGGGCCCAUGGGCGAUUUCUGCCCCAGGGGGCUGGAGGCCAAACCCGGGAGGCUCGAAUCCAGACCCUGGAGCCUGACAACUGGAUGCAGGAGGUGAAGCUCUUUGGUCAUGGCACCCGGAAGCGAGUCCCCCUGGGCCAGCUGGAGCUGUUGGAAGAAGUUUUGGCCAUGGGGCUACGCACAGAUGUGGGGAUCACUCACCAGCACUGGCAGCAGUUUGAGCCCCAGCUGACCCUGUGGAAUGUGUUUGGGACAAGCAAAGAGGUGAAGCAACUGCAAGAGCAGAGCUUAUUGCUGUUGGAUCACAGGGGUCUCCGGUGUUCCUGGGAGGGUCUGGCUGUGCUGGACUCUCUGUUGCUGACCCUCCUACCUCGACUCCAAGAGGUCUGGCAGCAGAGAACCUCCUCCCCUGUGCCAGAAGGAUGA